AUGCAAUUAAAUUUAAAAUCAGGUAAAAGAUUCCUUUUUUUUGUUAGUUUUGAAUACUAUAAGUGAUCGGACCAUUUAAUUCCCUUCUGAAAUGGAAGCAAAUUAUGAUUAGUAAAAUAAAUAAUGA